AUGGAUGCAGAAACAGCUCAACGUGAAGAAAAGCUUUUAGCUGCAAAGAAGAAGCUAAAAAAAUUUCAAAAGAAAAAAGCUGGGGGUGGAGGUGGAGGCGGUGGAAAUACCAAUAAUACUAGCAAUAAUAGUACAACUAGCGACCCAACGUCUCCCAUAGCAGCUCGUCGAACUAGUGUUGACUCUGCGACUACAAGUCGUACUCGUACGUCAAGCAUCAAUUCGGAAACAAGCAGUGGCCGAACCGAAGUUAUUAUUGACGCGAAAGCGAACGAAUCAAAAACUCAAGUGGAAGAUAGAUCAAUUGUUGCUGUUUCUUCUGAUGUACAAAAAGAAAAACUAAUGACACCAGAAUCUGCUGAUGCCGUUGAAGAGCCGUCACAUAUAAACAUAGAAUCCCAUAGCAAGCUUGUCGAAGGACAUCAACCAAUAGAAGAGCCGCGUGAAAAGAUUGCUAUACCGACAGUUGCACUUGCGGAAACUAACAUACCCGAUAAAAGGUCUCUUACCACCGAAAGUUCCGUAACAUAUGAAGAUUUGGCGAGUAUUUGCAGCACACAACAACAAACAAUAGCU